AUGGAGCCCUGGAAUUCCACCCUGGGAAGUGGUUUCCUAUUGAUGGGGAUUCUGAAUGAUAGUGGUUCUCCUGAGCUGCUCUGUGCCAUAAUGUCAGUCCUGUACAUGUUGGCCCUGACCAGCAAUGGCCUGCUGCUCCUGGUGAUCACAGUGGACUCUCGCCUGCAUGUGCCCAUGUACUUCCUGCUCGGGCAGCUCUCAUUCAUGGACCUUCUCUUCACAUCUGUUGUCACUCCCAAGGUCCUCUUGGAUUUUCUGCGUGAUGAAAACACUGUCUCCUUUUGGGGCUGUGCCCUUCAGAUGUUUCUGGCACUGACCCUGGGUGGUGCAGAGGAUCUCCUACUGGCCUUCAUGGCCUAUGACAGGUAUGUGGCCAUUUGUCAUCCUCUGAACUACAUGGUCCUCAUGAGGCCAAGGGUCUGCUGGCUCUUCGUGGCCACAUCCUGGAUCCUGGCAUCCCUGAGUGCUCUAGGACAUACCAUAUAUACUAUGCACUAUCCCUUCUGCAAAGUCUGGAAGAUCAGACAUCUGCUCUGUGAGAUCCCACCUCUGCUGAAACUGGCCUGUGCAGAUACCUCCAGAUAUGAGCUCAUGGUGUAUGUGAUGGGUGUGACCUUCCUGAUACCCCCUCUUGUUGCUAUCCUUGCCUCCUACACACUAAUCCUAUUUGCUGUGCUUGGCAUGCCCUCAAAUGAAGGGAGGCAGAAAGCCCUCGUCACCUGCUCUUCCCACCUGACUGUGGUUGGGAUGUUCUAUGGAGCAGCCACGUUCAUGUAUGUCCUGCCCAGUUCCCUCCACAGCUCCAGACAGGACAACAUCAUCUCUGUUUUCUACACAAUUGUUACCCCAGCCCUGAACCCCCUCACCUAUAGCCUGAGGAAUAAGGAGGUCAUGGGAGCCUUGAGGAGGGUCCUGGGAACAUCCAUUUUGCCAACACACUCCACCAUUUAG